AUGUCGACAUCGGGCCAGCCGCCGUUUCAGUCGCGCGGGUUCGAGACCUCGAUUGAUAUCGCCCGCCGCCAGGCCUGCCAAGUAGCACCAGUCGCAGGAAUCAAAAGAACAUCUACCACGAGGUCUCCCGAACCCCUCAAAUCAGAGUCAGAAUCCUCAGUCAAUCAUGUGUUCCAGCAAAGAUCACGGAACAUCGUCGAAGACAUCCAGGAAUCAACAACUCUGGAGUCUGCUCGUGCCUCGCUUGGCCCUCUAAACCGAUUCCACCCCAGCAAGAUCCGCCCAGGCCCAGGGCUAGGCGCCCCAGAUCCCGAAGAGCCCAAAGAUGGGCACAAGGGUGCUUCAGCUCCAGGCUCCAGCCAGAACCCGUUACUGUCUCUCGCCAACCCCAAGUACGGGUUGCCACCGGCGCUGAUAGCUAAUUUCGCUGCCCUCGGCGUCAAGAACAUCUAUCCAUGGCAGGCAUCGUGUCUGCUCGCGCGGGGGCUAUUGUCGGGUGAGCGGCAUCUGGUCUACACGGCCCCCACCGGCGGGGGUAAGUCCCUAGUCGCUGAUGUACUCCUACUAAAACGGAUCAUUGAGAAUCCUGGCCGCAAGGCGCUCCUGGUGCUGCCAUAUGUGGCACUGGUACAGGAGAAGCUGAAAUGGAUGCGACGCAUUAUUCAAGGUGUGGAGAGGGUUGUGCCUGACGACGAGGACCAGAAUGCGUCUUUCCCGCGAAAGAGGUGGAAGAAGCUGCAGAAGCAGAUUCGGGUUACCGGGUUCUUCGGUGGAAGCCGGACGACGGCAACUUGGGCGGAUACAGAUAUUGGCGUCUGUACCAUCGAGAAGGCCAAUUCUUUGAUCAACACUGCCAUCGAAGAGUGUAGUAUCGGAGAACUGGGUGUGGUGGUCCUCGAUGAGUUGCACAUGCUGGAUGAUGAGCACCGUGGAUACCUUUUGGAGUUGAUGGUCACGAAACUGCUAUUACUACAGCAGGACAUUCAGAUCGUCGGCAUGAGUGCAACGUUAUCUAACACAGAGAUGCUUGCACAGUGGAUGAAUGCAAAGUUCUUCAUUUCUACAUACCGUCCGAUUCCUAUCGAUGAAUAUCUCGUUUAUGAGAACUCUAUCUAUCCAGCAGCAACAUCGAGACAAUUGUUCCAGACGGCAUCCAAAUUGACAGCCGCAAAUUCAGCCUCAUUACAUGACUCGAUUCCCCCACAGAGACUGAUUGAUGUUUCCGAAUACAAGGAGCUUAGCAACGCAGCGACCAAUUCUAUGGUGGCAUUGGCGGUUGAAACUGCCUCCGCAGGCUACGGUGCAUUGGUGUUCUGUAGCAGUCGCGGAGCGUGUCAAAUCCAUGCUGCCACUAUCAGCGAGGCAAUGCCCGGUCUGUCACCCGAUGAGACAGAAGAGUUGAGCAAGCGUUUGGAUCUACUUGCAGAAUUGCGAAGUCUUGCGUGUGGAUUAGAUCCAGUUCUUGAGAAGACGAUCGUCAAGGGUGGCGGUUUUCAUCAUGCUGGCAUGACCACCGAAGAGCGAGAGUUGAUUGCACAAGCCUAUGACCAAGGCGUGCUGAGAGUAUUGGUUGCUACGUGCAGUCUCGCCGCUGGUGUAAAUCUUCCCGCUCGACGUGUAAUCAUCAAUGGAGCGCGGAUGGGCCGGGAGUUGGUUGGGCCCGCAAUGCUGCGGCAAAUGUGUGGACGCGCUGGACGUAAGGGCAAGGACGAUGCGGGCGAAACGUACCUAAUCUGCAUCAAGGCUGAUUUGGAAGCCGUGUGUGAUUUACUUGAUGCUGAUAUGCCUGCCAUCGAGAGCUGCUUGGCACCUGAGAAAAGAGGGUUGAAAAGGGCCCUCCUUGAAGCUAUCGCAACUGGGUUAGUAUCCGGCGGCGAGGCCAUCAAAGAUUAUGUGCGCUGUACACUCCUUUAUCGCACACUGGACAGAAAACUCGUGUAUACGAUUAUGAAUUCAGCUUUGCAAGAGCUGAUCAAUGAAGCACUUAUUAUCUUCAAAGAAGAUGAGUCUUACGAAGCCACCUUGCUGGGCCAGGCGGUCGUCGCUUCGGCUUUCUCCCCUGAAGAUGGGCUCUUCGUGUAUGAGGAACUUAAGCGUGCCCUACAGGCAUUCGUCAUGGAUGGCGAUAUGCACAUAUUCUACAUGUUCACACCCUUCCAAGUUGCCAUGAACACACCGAUCGACUGGCCAAUAUUCCGCGACCAGCUGGACCGGUUGGAUGAGAGUGGCCUCCGGGCACUGCAAUUUGUCGGCGUCCAACCAGGAUUUGUCAAUACCAUGGUCCGAUCAGGAGCUUCUCUCAAAGAAAAUACCCCAGCUCAAAAAAAACAAGCCCGCAUAUACCGCCGUGCGUACACGGCCUUUCAACUUCGCGACCUGAGCAACGAGGUCCCCCUCUCUACCAUCGCGACCCGCUACCGUAUCCCUCGAGGGACAGUCCAGACCCUUGCCCAGCAGUGCCAUGGUUUCGCUGCUGGUAUAGUCAAGUUCUGCCAGCGCAUGAACUGGGGCAUGAUGGCGGCUGUACUGGACCACAUGCGCGACCGGCUGGAAGCUGGGGCACGUGCGGAUCUGCUAGAGAUGGCGCAGGUCACUUUCGUCAAGAGCUGGACGGCACGGUGUCUGAGAGAGAAUGGGUUCCGGAAUUUAAGAGCAUUGGCCGAAGCGGACCCCAAGGAUUUGGUGCCCGUGCUUAUGAUGGUCAAUCCGCGCAAGACUCAGAGGAACCAACUGUAUCCUACUGAAGCAGAGCGAUAUUCUGCGAAGCUCUUGGUGAAGGCGGAGACAAUCGUUGCCUCUGCGAAUAAUAUUUGGGAGCGCGAGAUGCAGGUCGAACUGGAGGAAUGA